GGCGAGGAAGUGGGCGAAGCGACUGUUGUCGGGGUUCUCCCCCCGCCUCCCCCGAGUCCCGUUCCCCUCUAACGGCGAGCGCUCCCGAUAGCGGCGGCUGCCGCAUUCGGCCCGGCCAUGUCCUUCAACAAAAUCCCACCGCGGUGGCUGAACUGCCCCAGGCGUGGACAGCCCGUGGCAGGAAUAUUUUUACCUCUGAAGACAAUGCUAGGACCAAAAUAUGAUGAUAAAGUUGCUGAAGAGUUUCGUUUCCAUCCCUCUAUGUUAUCCAACUAUUUAAAGAGUCUCAAGGUUAAAAUGGGUCUGUUAAUAGACUUGACAAACACCAGUAGGUUCUAUGACAGAAGUGAAGUAGAAAAAGAUGGCAUUACAUAUGUAAAGCUUCAAUGUAAAGGGCAUGGAGAGUGUCCCACGCCUGAAAACACAGAAACAUUCAUUCGUAUAUGUGAACAGUUUCGUAAUAAGAAUCCAACAGAACUUAUAGGUGUUCAUUGUACGCAUGGUUUCAACCGUACUGGAUUUCUUAUCUGUGCCUUUCUGGUUGGAAAGUUGGAUUGGAGCAUUGAAGCUUCUGUGGCUACGUUUGCUCAAGCCAGACCACCUGGUAUCUAUAAAGGUGACUAUUUGAAAGAACUCUUCCGCCGUUAUGGUGAUGUGGCUGAUGCGCCAGCACCACCUUCUUUACCAGAAUGGUGCUUUGAGGAAGAUGAGGAAGAUGGGGAGGAAGAUAACUGCAAACUGGGAACUCCAGAAUCAGAAGCUUGCUCAUCAACUUCCUUUUCUGGCAGAAGGAAAAAAGAACACUUAAAGCUGGCACAACCAGUUGGAGAAUGUGAUUUUAAUAUUCGUCUGUCAUGUAUAGAAAAAGAGAUUAUACUCCCACGGCAUGAUAAAAUGAAGAAUGGUCAAAUUGACAAAGCACAAGAACCUUUUAGUGUGCGUAACAAACCAUUUUUUGACAUCAACAUUGCAAAAAAGCUUCUUGAGGGAAAUUUUGCAAGAGAAGUCUCUCAUGAAGUGGAUGGACUAAUUUUUCAGCCUGUAGGAAAAUACAAGCCUGGACGGUGUGAUGACAUUUUGAAAUGGAAGCCACCCAGUCUAAAUUCAGUGGAUUUUCGUCUGAAACUUGCAAGAGUUGUUGGAGAAGGGCUUCUCCCACGGAACGUCGGAUUACUUUAUGUUGGAAGUUUAGAUAGACCUUUUGCAGAAAUUAAGGUAACAAAAGACUUGAAGCAAUAUGAUAAUAAAAUAAUAGAAUGCAAGUUUGAAAACAACAGCUGGGUUUUUAUGAGACAAAGGAUAGACAAAAGUUUUCCCAAUGCUUACAGUACAGCGAUGGCUGUAUGCAACAGUAUACAACAUCCAGUGACAAAGGAAUUCCUUUUUGAAUUCAUUGAAAAAUGUAUGACGGCAGCUCCAGGACAGCCACGUAAACAUCACCUAGAUCCUGACACUGAACUCAUGCCACCACCACCACCUAAAAGGCCUCGGCUGUCAUUAUAACGAAUCUCUUCUAACCAAGAAAAUAGUAGAAUUGUUUAGAAUUCUACAAUAUAAUAUGUUUGGUGUAAAUAUCCUGUAAAUAUUUAAGUGCAUUUUUUUUGGAAUGCCGCAUUAGGAACUAAGAUUUUGUUUUUUACUUGACAAGUUGAACAUUGUUUCUAAGUUUGAAAAAUGUUAAAUCUAAAGAGUUAGAUUAAAAAGAUGUGGAAUCAGUGGAAAGCUAUUGUUUGGUAGAUAACUUUCAAAUUUGAUAUUUUAUACCAGCAAUCUGGAACUGUGAAGCCAUGAUAAAAAUGUCCCCCCCUUUUUUAAAAACAACAACAACAACAACAACAACAGUAUUUCAGUGAGUGUGUGAAACUUAUUGCCUUGUUUCAUUUAGUUUAGUUCUUAGGGUCUUGUUUUAAGAAUAACUGCAAAUGGUAUUGUAAUGUUCUUCUUAAAUAAAAGUUUACCAGGUUUCACUA